CGUUGCUGUUUCGUGUCAGUAUUCUAUGAGCUACCAGUUAGAAAAUAAAAUAAAUAAUAUUUGUAAAUGAUAUAUGUAAAUAGUUGUUUAUUAAUGAAUGACAGAAAUUGUUGAAAACUAAAUGUCUCUAUUACAAGUGAAAUAUAAACUGACCAGUAAGGCUUCUGAUAUUUGUUUUUUUAAUGACUUAUGUUACUGAUUCAGUCAAUAUGUAUGAAAUAUAAACGUUCAAAUUAAAUACAAGUUGUACGUAAAAUAUUUAAAAUCUGUUUUUCAAAAUAUGAGCGUCUUUUAUUUUUGAAGGCGGUUGAUUUCCGGUGUCGUGGUGCUGUAAUAUCGCUGCCUUGACGCCAUUUUGUGCCUGAGACGAGCCGCGGCGGGACGCGAGGUUCUGCUGCUGGUCCAAAGUUACACCAGCUCUGUGUUUUCUCUCCUGAGCGGAACACGAAGGAGGCGAACUUUCAUCUUUAAUCAGCAGUUUGUUCCUCAGCGACUUGGAUCCGACUGUAUGAGUUUAACAUGUUCUGGUCCGGACCGCUGGACCCAGUCGUUUCUCCGGUGGACAUCCUGUUUGUCCGGCUGGAGAUGAGGCUUCAGUGAGGGAGAGGAGCCGAGCCGAACUGACCCGGUUCAUGCGGAUGACGGUUUCACAUCCACAGAAUGAGAAGAUGAAGCUGGUUCUGUGGGUUCUUGUGUUUUUGUCCCGGAGUCCCGGAGGCAGCUGCGGACACGGUGUGUUGUUCACGAAGCACCCGUCCAAUCAGACGGUGUCUCAGGGGAACGCGGCUCGGCUCGGCUGUGCCGUCCAGGGGGUGUCGGAGCCGGACAUCGUGUGGAUGAAGGACGGAGAGAAACUGUACAGCACCGACCAGAUGUUCAUCACACUGGGAGAGCAGCACUGGGAGACCUACCACAGUGUGAAGUCAGUCCAGCAGCAGGAUGCGGGUCAGUACUGGUGUGAGGUGGAGUUCCACGACCUGACGUUCUCCUCUGAACGGGCCUGGAUCACAGUGGAAGGCGUCCCGCACUUCGUCCAGGAGCCGCAGGACGUGGCGACAUUCCCCAACGUUCCCUUCAACCUCACCUGUGGUGCCGUCGGUCCCCCUGAGCCCGUGGAGGUCCAGUGGUUCCUGGGAGGAGUCCACGAGGGAGAGCCCAGACCAUCCCCGUCGGUCCUCCAGGUCCAAGGAGUGAACGUCAGUGUGAAGUUCUACUGUGAAGCGAAGAAUGCCAGAGGAAUCUCAGUCUCUAGAACUGGAACCGUUCACAUUAAAGUGUUACCUGCAGCUCCGAUUGAGCUGCAGGUUCUGAGGAUGGUGGACGACAAUGUCACGUUGUCAUGGAAACCAGGAUUCAUGGGACACUCUGAGCUGUCUACCUGCAUCCUCCAGCUGUCGAGGCGUUCGGUCCGGAGGUGGGACCUCCCUCAGAAGGAGGUCGUGGUUCCUCCUCACCUUCAGGUUCUGUCCGGUCUGAGGAGUCACUCCAACUACAGCGUCAGGGUGUCCUGUGUGAACGAGGUGGGGGCGUCGCCCUUCUCCCCCUGGCUGCACUUCACCACUCUCGAGGCGGUGCCGUCGGCGGCCCCCAGGAACCUGACGUUUGAUCUGUCGGAGCAGCAGCUGUCUCUGAACUGGGCCAAGCUGAAGGACGACGAGCUGCAGGGGAAACUGUUGGCCUACAAGGUUCAGUGGACUCUGGGAGGAGAACCACAGGAGCCUCUGCUGUUUAAGGAGAACUCGGCUCAGCUGUCGGGAGGAGGACGCUUCUUCAACGCCUCCUUCCAGGUGUCAGCCUGCACCUCAGUGGGCUGUGGACCCUGGAGCCCCCCGGUGCUGGUGCUGCCCGCCUCAGUCCAGGUCCAGGUCCAACGGAGCCACAUGUGGGUCGGUCUGCUUCUCGGCCUGCUGGUUGCCACCGUGGUCGGACUGCUGCUCGCCGUCAUCGCUCACCGCCGUGGGAAGGAGACGCAGUUUGGUUCAGCCUUUAAGCCUCCGGGCCCUGAGAGUUCUGUUUCCUUCACGGCGGCUCGGUCCUUCAACAGAACCAGUUCUGAUCUGCAGGAGUCGACAUUGGACAGUCUGGGUAUAAACGACGACCUGAAGAACAAACUGCAGGACGUCCUGAUCCCAGAGAGGCUGCUGACACUGGGACACAUGCUGGGGAAAGGUGAGUUUGGCUCGGUGCGUGAAGCGUUCCUGAAGACGGAGGACUCGUCUGUCCAGAAGGUGGCAGUCAAAGUACUGAAAUCUGACAUCACCUCAUCAUGUGACAUCGAGCAGUGUCUGAAGGAGGCGGCCUACAUGAAGGACUUUCACCACGCCAACGUCAUCCAGCUCAUCGGAGUGAGUCUUCACCGGCGUCCUGGCCAGCGGCUGCCGAUCCCGAUGGUGGUUCUCCCGUUUAUGAAGCAUGGAGACCUGCACACAUUCCUGCUGCUGUCCAGACUGGGAGAACAUCCGUUUGACUUGUCUCUGCAGACUCUGCUGCAGUUCAUGCUGGACAUCUCUCGGGGGAUGGAGUACCUGAGCAGCAGGAACAUCAUCCACAGAGACCUCGCCGCCCGAAACUGCAUGCUGGACGAGAACAUGACGGUGUGUGUGGCGGACUUCGGCCUGUCUAAGAAGAUCUACAGUGGAGAUUACUACAGACAGGGUUCAGUCUCUAAACUGCCUGUGAAGUGGAUCGCUCUGGAGAGUCUGGCUGACAAUGUGUACACCACACAGAGUGACGUGUGGGCGUUUGGCGUGACGAUGUGGGAGAUCAUGACUCGGGGCCAGACUCCGUACCCCGGUGUGGAGAACUCAGAGAUCUACGAGUUCCUGAUCAAAGGAGAACGACUGAAGAAACCUCCAGACUGCCGAGACGACAUUUAUGAGAUCAUGCACAGCUGCUGGAGUCCGGUCCCUAAGUGUCGACCCAGUUUCCAGCACCUGGUGGUCCAGCUGGAGGCGCUGUGGCUCAGCCUGUCCCCCGCCCCCCCACUGAAGGAGCCCCUGCACUAUGUCAACCUAGAAGGGGAUGAGGGGGGUGCAGCAGGGGUCCCGGGGCCCGAGGAGGCAACCGGGGGCCCGAGCUGGAGCGUCCCCUGGCAGCGGCGUGCAGAGGACGAGGAGAAGGACUGGCUGAUGGUGGGCUCGGGGGUGGCGCUCGCCAUCGGAGGAGACUACAGGUACAUCAUCGGGCCCUGUGGAGGCCCCGAGGAGGGCGAGGAGCCGGGAGGAGCCGGGAGGAGGGGGGACGAUAUGGACACUUUACAGGAUGAGGUCAGAGAGGACGAUGAUGACGACAUCGUCAUUAACGUCUGACCAGAGGCCGGCCAAUCACAGCGCUCCUCAGAGAGACGCUCCUCUUACUUCCCAGAGCAGCAGCAGGCGGGUGGAGACUGAAGGUACACACUGUCCCACUGGUGCUGAAAGUAAUCUGAUUACAUGUUCACCACACACACACACACACACACACACACACACAGUACCUGUGAGGACACACUGGGUCCCACUUCAUCCAGUUACUGUGAACUCUGGUGUUCUGGUGCUGACUCGGCAGUUUUAACAGUUUAAUCCUUCGAGUUUCCGUCUGGAAGAAUUUAACAACAUUUGAUGAAACUUGCUGAAUCAGAGAAGAAAAUGAACCCCGGCUGACCACAGGUAACACGUUAGCCAAGCGUAGCAUAAAGACUGAAGCGGUCGCUGUGAUGUUGUAUCAUCUACACAGCGACUCGCUGACGGACUGACUGCAGCGUCACAUGAUCCGCAGUCUGACGGUGGAUUAUUUCUCUUUUGAUGGAUCAUUCAGUAUAAAUGUUUGGACAGCCUGGUACCAGUACUUUAAGGUCCAACCGACUAAUGUUUGAGAACAGGGUGCUCCCACUGUUCCCUCAGGGAGCCGACACUCAGCCAGACAAAAAACACCUGUUGCUAAGAUGCUACAUGGUGCGAAGAGGCUGAAAGCUCCUGUGAUCGACCGCCUGCUGUGUUUCUGUUUUGAUAAUUAAAAUGAUGGAUGCUGAUCUCCAGACGCCCCGAGAUCCCAGACUGAUGUGAAAACAUGUUAGUCACACUGUUACAACGUUUUGAGCUCAGCAGCUGCAGAGAAGACUUCAUCUUACUGAAGGUGUAGAUCUGGUCUGAGAUCAGUUAGUGAUGUGUUCCCUCCUGCAGACUGCGAUCACAGCAGACGAUGUUGGAGACGUCUGAUGUUUACAUCAAGUCUCCAGCUGCUGCGGCUGUGAAGCUCCAGAAAUGAAAUGAUUUUACAUUUUUGGGUGAACUGUUCCUUUAAUGUUGUCUUUCUGUACUUUACUAUCAGUAACGCUGAUCAGAGGUGACGUCCGCGUGACAGGCUGUGAUUCUGAUGGUUUCUUUAACACGCAGCUGAAGCAACUCGUCAAUAAAUUUGCUGAUCAGCUGAUCUAUAAUCUGCUAAUAUUUUUCUGUAAUGACACGAAACUAAAGAUCAGUUACUCAAUAACUGUCUGAUGUUUAGACUGAGACUGUAACUCCUUGUGGACAGCGACUGUGGCUUCCAGUGAUGAUUAAUGGUUAUUGAUUAUUGGUAAAACCUCACAAACUGCCUUAAUAACUGAUUUAAUAUUUAGUUUAGUGCUGAUCUGCUGAUACAUUGACCAGAAACAUGAGGUGAUCUGCAGCAGCUCGUGUCUGUUUCCAGCUUCAGUGUGAAAGAAGCCGGUCGGGUCGUAAACGUCUCUGAACACGUCUUACUUUCAUUUUCUGGCGUUUCGUGGCCAGAUUAAUCAAUAAGUGCAGCCGUGAUAACUUUCCUUCAGUUAAGAUCUAAUGUUAAGAACUUUAUUAUUUCAGUUCACAGGUAAAUCUCAAAACAUUAUUCUGUUGUUCUGUUCUUAUUUACACAUAGUGAAAUAUUUCAAGACUUUAUUGGUUGUAAAGCUGCAAAAGGAGCAAAAAGUUCUCAAAUGAACAUUUUCAGAAGGUCGACGUUUCUGUCUCAUGAAUCCUUUUGAUUGUUCUUCUGUGAUAUUUCUAUUAUUUUGAGAUGUUUGAGAAUUUUCAUGAGCUGCAAACUGAAACCAUCAAAAUUAAAACAAAAAAGUUUUGAAAUAUUUCAUGUUGUAUCUGAUCAAUCUGGAAGAUAUGAAAGCUUCAAUUUUUUCAUUAAUUUACAGAUGAAAAAGUAAAGUUUCCAUGAUAAUAAUGUUUUGAGAUGCACCUGGAUGUUGUGCUUGUGCUGAGUCCUCACUAAACAGAGUGAUGGGGUCUUACGGGUCUGAUGGGGCCCACAGCACAGUGCUGCCCGGGGCCCCUGCAGUGUGUUGCUCCAGCCCUGACUGCUGCUUUAACACUGAAGCUGUUAAUGUUGUUAAUGACUUGAAGCGUGUUGGGACCACUGUACACCUGCUUAGUCCUGCUGAAUGAACACUACCAUGUAUAUUUGAGUCAGGUGGACUACAGAGAUGUAACUGUGUAGAGCUCUGGGUGUUAUUGAUCCUGGAGAUUAACUGGUUUAUACUCUGACUGUUAAACUGUAGUAAAGUUAGUCUCGUGCCGCCGUCAUGUCGGGAUAUCAAGGGACCGUUUGUUUUACUGCGUCACGUGUUUUAUAUGUUGAUAUUAUGAAAAGCCUCAGACCGACCUGUCCUUACCUGUCUGUCUACCACUGAUUGCAGAUCAGUAUGGACUCUUCACAAUGAAUAAAGUGUUAUUGUGCCACUG